AUGGAUUCGUUGUCCCCAUCGGAAGAGCAAAGAGUUCCCGUUCACGAUACACCGAUUUCAGGCUUAGUAGACCGACCCAAAGUGCCUACUGCAGUCGAGUAUGGCAAUGAGACUGACUUUUGGGUCGAAUAUCCCAACGGCUUAAUUGACAUCUCUCGCGAAGCCCAUUUGUCGCGCGUUUAUCCACCGCCUUAUGGGGCCACCAUUCCCCCUGCUCUGAAGUCUACGCAAAUUGAUAUCGCAGUUGAUGGCAAUCGAAUCGUACGAAUCAACAAGGCCAGGACAGCACUCGUUGUCAUUGAUAUGCAAAACUUUUUCCUUCAUCCUGAUUUGCGCAUUCACACUAAAGGAUUGCAAUGCGUUGAUCCUCUUAUGAAUGUCAUACCUCAUUUGCGGACAUUAGGAUCCAAAAUUCUCUGGGUAAAUUGGGGCUUGACGGACCAUGAACUCGAGACUAUCCCGCCAUCCUUGGUGCGUGGGUUUAGGAAGCACAAUGGAGGAGGUUUUGGCUCCCAAUUACCGGGAGAUUUUGGUCGUCUGUUGAUGCGUGAUGCGUACAAUUCUGAACUCUACGGACCCUUACAGGCUGAGUAUCUCAAAGGUGCCAAAGAAGGGACCGAUUUUUGGAUUCACAAGAACCGGAUGAGCGGUUUGUGGGGAUACCAGACUGCAUUGGACCUAUUCCUCAGGGAAAAUGGAAUCACUACUUUGAUAUUUGCGGGAGUCAACACUGACCAGUGUGUGCUGGGGACCAUCGUAGACGCUUAUUAUCGCGGAUACGAUUGUAUUGUUCUCAGUGAUGCAACGGCAACUACAUCACCCGAGGGAGCGUUUGAGAAUGUGAUCUAUAAUAGUGGGAAUAGCUACGGAUUCGUGACUGACACUCAGCGCAUUAUUGAAGCUGCUAACAGGGAUAAGAAAUGA